GCGGGCAUACGGGAUAGGUGCUGGAUGCGCAGCCGCAACGCCCUGAGUCCUUGGUACGAUAGAGGAAGCUUUUGGCGGAGGUGAAAUCCCGAGGCGGCGGGGUCAUUCUAGACAAAAAUGCAGAGCUGGAGCCGCGUGUCCUGCGCCCUGGCCAAGAGAGGCCAUUUCAGUCGAAUGCCUCAUGGCCUACAGGGGAUUUCUGCAGUUCCUUUGCGGACUUAUGCAGAUCAACCAAUUGAUGCUGAUGUAACAGUCAUAGGUUCUGGUCCUGGAGGUUACGUUGCUGCUAUUAAAGCUGCUCAACUGGGCUUUAAGACAGUCUGUGUUGAAAAAAAUGAAACGCUUGGUGGAACUUGUUUGAAUGUUGGCUGUAUUCCUUCUAAGGCUUUAUUGAAUAACUCAUAUUUUUAUCAUUUGGCUCAUAAAGAUUUUGCCUCUAGAGGAAUUGAAAUUGCAGAAAUCCGCUUGAAUUUAGAGAAGAUGAUGGAGCAAAAGAGUACUGCAGUAAAGGCUUUAACUGGUGGAAUUGCUCACUUAUUUAAGCAGAAUAAGAUCACCCGUGUGGAUGGAUAUGGAAAGAUAACAGGCAAAAAUCAGGUCACAGCAGCAAAAUCUGAUGGCAGCUCUCAGGUUAUCAAUACGAAGAACAUUCUUAUAGCCACAGGUUCAGAAGUUACUCCCUUCCCUGGAAUCACGGUUGAUGAAGAUACGAUUGUGUCAUCCACAGGUGCUUUAAGCUUAAAAAAAGUUCCAGAAAAGAUGGUUGUCAUUGGUGCAGGAGUAAUAGGUGUGGAAUUGGGUUCAGUAUGGCAACGACUUGGUGCAGAUGUGACAGCAGUUGAGUUCUUAGGUCAUGUUGGUGGUAUGGGAAUUGACAUGGAGAUUUCUAAAAAUUUUCAGCGAAUCCUUCAAAAACAGGGAUUUAAGUUUAAACUAAAUACCAAAGUUACUGGAGCUACCAAGAAACCAGAUGGAAAAAUUGAUGUAGCAAUUGAAGCUGCUUCUGGUGGAAAAUCUGAAGUUCUCACUUGUGAUGUGCUCUUGGUAUGUGUUGGCCGACGACCCUUCACCAAAAAUUUGGGACUGGAAGAACUUGGAAUUGAGCUGGAUCCCAAAGGUAGAAUCCCAGUCAAUACCAGAUUCCAAACCAAAAUUCCAAAUAUCUUUGCUAUUGGAGAUGUAAUUGCUGGCCCCAUGUUAGCUCACAAAGCAGAAGAUGAAGGCAUUAUCUGUGUUGAAGGGAUGGCAGGGGGUGCUGUACACAUCGACUACAAUUGUGUGCCUUCAGUGAUCUAUACUCAUCCUGAAGUUGCAUGGGUCGGUAAAUCAGAAGAGCAAUUGAAAGAAGAGGGUAUUGAGUACAAAAUUGGAAAGUUUCCUUUUGCUGCCAAUAGCAGAGCUAAGACUAAUGCUGACACAGAUGGCAUGGUGAAGAUCCUUGCUCAGAAAUCAACAGACAGAAUACUGGGAGCACAUAUUUUAGGAGCAGGUGCUGGAGAAAUGGUAAAUGAAGCUGCCCUUGCCUUGGAGUACGGAGCAUCCUGUGAAGAUGUUGCAAGAGUUUGUCAUGCCCAUCCGACUGUAUCAGAAGCUUUCAGGGAAGCAAACCUAGCUGCAUCUUUUGGGAAAGCGAUCAACUUUUAAAAUGAAGUGUCAUCUGCAUAUACUUUUCUUCUCAGAUACCUGAGAAAUUUUUGUGGAAGGCUUCUAAUAUAGAAGGCUCACAUCCCUGAGACUCUCUAGGACUGAAUUAAGUAAAUGUUUUUGUUCAAACAGCAAAUAUUUAAUAAAGAAGUUUGGAUGAAGCCGAA